CCCGGAUGGUGGGACCGGGCCCGGGCUCCCACCGCCACCUCCGCCUCGGCCAGAGCCGUCUGGCCCCCACCCCCGGUUAGGGACCCCCGUGGGACAAGCCCCUUCUUCCCGCUGGGAGGGGGAGCCUCCCCACUCCGGGCAGCUCCAGCCUUUCUGGAUCAGGAUCGCAAUUCACAAUUCACGAGGACCUCAGCUGCAUUUGGACGCUUACUUCCCCUUUCCCAGGACUGUCAAUGGCAGGAUACCAGCUCUGGUCACCAUGGACCCCACUGGACGAGAGCUUCCAAUGGCUGCGGCACACAACACCUACACCUUCUUCAAAGCAUCCCUUUAGGGCUUCCCCCUGCUUCCCACAUACCCCUUCUGACCUUGAAGUGCAGCUGUGCUUUCAAGAGGUCACUCUAGUCCUAGACAGCCCAUUUCUGGAGCCUGGGGUGAGUCCCAAGUUACCCUGCCACACAUCAGAGUUCCGAACCAUGAACAACAAGAAAGGGCUGGUCAGGAAGCCCCAGCCUGUCCGCCUCAGUGGAGUGGAUUCCGUGUUUGGCAGGGUCAUCACAGCUCAGCCACCAAAAUGGACUGGGACCUUCAGAGUUUCAGACAAAUCAGCCUUUUCCAAAAUCAUCAGCCGGGAGAACCAGUGGCCCACUGGACUUAAGGAACCUCAGAUUCAGAUGACAGUGACCAUGUGCAAACAGAUGCUGCGCUCUAUCCUCUUACUGUAUGCAACAUACAAGAAGUGCACCUUUGCCUUGCAACACUCCAAGUAAAGGGUUCCCAUCUGAUUCCUGUUCCUAAUACCAUGUCCUGUGCUAUGUGCCUGAAGCUUACAGAAACCUUUCCAUGUAAAAGAAACUGACAUCAUCUGAGCCAUCUUGCUUUUCUGUCAAGCAGUGACAAUUCAGGAACCCCUUUCCUCCUCCCCCCCACCAAAAGCCAGUGACAGAGCAAAGGAGAACAUUUCCAUUGUAAAGUUGAACAACAUUUAAAAGAGAGUCAAACUAGUGUUGACAUGUACAUGUGAGAAAGAACCAUUAAACCAUAUAAACCAAUGAGACUCGUGUGAACUCACUUAAACAUCUAAGACCACAAUGAGAUGGGGAAACAAAGGGGUAUCAAGGAAGGAGAUUAUGACUUUCCAAGUACAUGAGGAUGAAGGGGUCAAAAAUCUAUAGAUGGGUCAAGGAUU